AUCCGCGACGUCCAGGAACGGCUCGGCGUGACCCUCUCGGAUGAACCCACGAUGCCCACCCCGCCUCCCGCGGUCAUCGUCAUAUCGGGUCCGAGCGGCGUCGGCAAAGACGCGGUGAUGCGCCGGCUCCAGGAGCUGAGGCCCGAUCUCCACCAGGUGGUCACCGCCACCUCGCGCCCCGCGCGUCCCGGCGAGAGGGACGGGGUGGACUACUUCUUCGUCACCACCGAGGCGUUCGAGAAGAUGAUCGCGGACGGCGAGCUCAUCGAGCACGCCGUGGUGUACGGCGAGUACAAGGGCAUCCCGAAGGCUCAGGUGCGGGAAAAGCUCGCGUUGAACGUCGACGUAGUCCUCCGCCUCGACGUUCAGGGCGCGGCGACGGUGCGCGAACUCGUACCCGGCGCCGUGUUCGUAUUUAUUACCGCGGACUCGGAGGCGAGCCUGUGCCGGCGGUUGGUGAGCCGCAAGACGGAGACGCCCGAGAAGCUGGCGGUGCGGGUGGAGACGGCGAGGGAGGAGCUGCGCCGGAUGAGGGAAUUCGACUACGUGGUGGUGAACGAGGAAGGGAGGCUGGACGAGGCGGCGGGGAAACUGGCGGCGAUCAUCGACGCCGAGAAGAUGA